AUGGCGUCGCAUCUUAGAUCAUUCGCUCCCGCGAUCGGCGAAGUCAAGGUUGACCAAAUCACCGAAAGCAGAAUUUUUAAUGUUGUCGCCAUGCUUCCAACCUCGCUUCAAUCAGGACCUAUUCGAUUUCUCAGAAGGAGUAUCAGCUUCCAUACACUACGGCCCGAUGUCGCCAUCUCAGGAUCACGAGCAAAGCCGAGGCCCCUUUCAGAAGCUGAUGCAGCUGCCGCACUCCAAACUGAUAUGGUCAAACACAGUAGCGGAUAUAUAGAAUCUCAAGAGCUGUGUCCUCAGCCCAUGAGUCGGGUUCUUUAUUCUGAGUCACCAGAGGAUGAGCCAGUGAUGAGAGCUGCAUCUGGCGUCCAUUGGAAGUUUGCACGACAAGGUACAAAUCUUGUCAACAUCUCUAUUGAUGGAGGCAAAGCGGCUGUAGCAGAGGAAGAUGUCGCUUUUGAGAGGAAGGCUUUUGUUGAUGGAGUGACAUACCUCCUCAAAGCUCUCCCGCAAGACUUAGACGAAGGCGAACUGAAACGAAUCCAAUCCGCCUUACCAGAGAACGUCAACCAACAAAACUCGGUCCUGACUCGAGCAGAAGAUGACUCAAGUCGGAUCAGAGUCAAUCGACCUCGUUCUAUCAUCCAUCGUGGAGUCCAGAUGACUGUCGUCAAUCUAAUCUUCUUCCUCAGCUUCUUAAUGCCAUACCUACUUCUGUUAGUCAGAUACGCAGCUCGUCUUGAACGCAAAUACAAGAUCUCGGAAACAAUAAUAGGUCACGGUGUUGAUCUAGCCAAUUCGAUUGGCAAGCAGAGCGCUUCAUUGACUGAAGCAGUUGGUCAAAUGAACGAUGGCAAAGUUGCCCAGGCUCUGUUGGAAGUUUUUGUCUGGACAGUUGAUGGUGUUACGCAGGGUAUCUCGGACGGACUCGGAGAGGGUCUUUCUAUUGUGGGGUCGAAAUCGAGGACGGCUUAG